AUGCCCUCUCUUCGUCUCGGAAGCGUCGCGCCUGACUUCUCUGCGGAGACAACUCAAGGUCCCAUCCGAUUCCACGAAUGGCUCGGAAACUCCUGGGGUGUGCUAUUUUCCCACCCAGCAGACUUUACCCCUGUUUGUACUACUGAACUCGGUGAAGUUGCGCGCCGACAGAAGGACUUUGAGGCUCGUGGCGUAAAGGUCAUCGGUAUCUCUGCCAAUGGACUCGAGUCCCACAGCAAGUGGAUCGAGGACAUCAAUGAGGUUGGGAGCAAGAUUGCCCCAACGAACGUAGACUUCCCGAUUAUCGCCGACGCCGACCGCCAGAUCUCGACGCUCUAUGACAUGUUGGAUGCUGUCGAUCCUACCAACGUCGAUGCUAAGGGCAUCCCAUUCACUAUUCGUACCGUUUUUGUAAUCGACCCCAAGAAGGUCAUCCGCCUCACGAUCAGCUACCCCGCACAGACUGGUCGUUCGUUUGACGAGAUCCUUCGCGUCAUCGACUCGCUUCAGCUUGGUGAUAAGCACCGUGUCACCACCCCCGUCAACUGGAAGAAGGGUGACGAUGUGAUCAUCCACCCAGGUGUAUCUGAUACCGAGGCACAAACCCUCUUCCCCAACUACGUUACUCAUAAGCCUUACCUACGCACCACUACCCAACCCAACUAA